UUCAGCUGUAGUGUAGCAGCUGCAUUGGAGAAUCUUGUGAAGCAAAAAUCUCAUGCAUCAUCAACAGAAGUGAUGAAGGCCCUGUUGAACGUGGAAGAGAUGCUGGAAGACAAUUUGUCUGAAUAUAUGAAAGAACUUAAAUCGAAACUUGACCUAACCCAACGUGCCCUUGCUAAGUUUCGUGAUGAGGCAAACAGCAUGAGCAACGAUUUUGAGGCAUAUCUGAGCAAUCCACUUAGCAGUUUCGCUCUCAUACGACACCAGCAACAGGAUUGGCAUAAAUGGGCUUUGUUUAUGGAGCAAAGGAUUGGGCAGGAACACAUUGCCUUUGCGCACCACAUGCGCUCCAGAUUACCCACAGCUGUGGAUCUGACGGAAGCGACGCGCAAUAUCGAGACACUGAUUAAGUUUUAUCAGCUACAUCCCAAAGACUUGGCGAAUGGUAUUCUUUUAAGCCACUCACAGCCAGACUCUGCUCUCAACUCUUUGGAUUGCUAUGCACUGGGAAUGUUUAACUAUAUGAAAAAGGAAUAUUCCAAGGCCGAAGUUUGGUUUAAUAUCUCGCUAACGUUAUACGAUAAGAGUGAUAAGGAUAAGUACAAUGUUUACAAUUUCAGUGAGAAACACAUACACAAAUGGCUGGGUGUACUGCUGGUAAGGCGCAGGGAGCAUUCGCUUGGAGUGUGGCACUUGAAUCAGGCGAAGGAUAUACUAGACUACGACGAUGAGAUGAUCUCAUUGGCCAUCAUUAAGGGACACUGCUCAGCUAGUUUUCAACGACCCACACACCUGCAUUGCCGCUAUAACAACUGGAUGACGCCUUUUCUGCGCAUCGCACCACUCAAACUGGAGGAGCUCAGCCUGGAUCCACUCAUUGUGCUUUAUCACAAGGCGAUCUACAAUAGCGAAAUUGAAACUCUGCUAAGAAGACAAGAAUUUAAUCUAAUUUCUGGCAAGGAUAACAUAGACCAGACUAUCCAUGAGCGAGUGGCAGAUAUUUCGGGCUUUAACUUGGAUCGCUCCGAAGUAUUAUCUGUAAUAAACAAUGACAUUGGUGGACAUUUUCAGCUGCAAGAGGAUGCACCCGAAACGGCAGAGCGACCUCAAGAUCGCAUAGCUACAGUGUUGUUUUACUUGGAGGAUGUGGAACUGGUCGGCGCUACAAUAUUUCCCAGGCUGAAUUUAACCAUCAAGCCUGAGAAAGGAACUGCACUGCUGUGGCACAAUUUAGAGAGUUGUGGCUCGAGUCAUCCCAAAGCUCUUCAUGCCGCGUGUCCUGUCAUUAGUAGCUCUAAAUAUGUGCUGACAAAACAGAUUUAUAACCUGGAUCAGAUGUUUAUUAAACCAUGCCAGGCGCAUUGUACAAACAGUUGAAGCAGUGCCCCAACAGCUGG